GGCCCGGCCGGACGCUGCUCCGGGCUGGAGCUGCAGCAGCAGCAGCGCUGGUCCCUCUGCUCCGGGCUGAGCCGUUCAGCCCGGGGAGCCCCUCGGCUGUCCCCGGUGAUGGCGGGGAGGGGGACAACCGCCGGGCUCGCUCAUGACUUCUCCUCCUUCCCAACCGGCGGCUGGCGCCUGCGGGACGCGGCGAUGGGAGAGGAUGCUGAGCACUCGCGGUCGCCCUAAGGCCGGCCGGGGAAUGCGGCGGGCGGCGGGGCAGCCCUCGGCGAUGUGCCGCUUGGCCAGCAGCGUGCUCCUGCUGAGCCGCUGCGCUCUGCAGCUCCCGGCGCUCUGGUGGUACCUGUUCCUCUGCGCCGAUGCCCAGGAGGUGGCCACGUUCACGGUGCAGUACCGGGUGUUCGAAGAGGUGCCGCCGGGGACCGUGAUAGGGGCGCUGGCCGAGCACUUUGAGGGGGGUGAGAGCGGCGAUGCAGCGGACACCUUCCAGCUGAUGGAGACCCCCGGGGGCUUCCCGCUGCUCGUGGGGAGCGGGGAUGGGGUGCUCAGCACGGCCGGGCGGGUGGACAGGGAGCUGCUGUGCCGGCACAGCGAUCCCUGCUGGGUCUCGUUCGACGUCCUGGCCGCCCGGAACCUGGCGCUGGUCCACGUGGAGGUUCAAGUGCUGGACAUCAACGACAACGCGCCGCGGUUCCCCACGCCCCAGCUGGAGCUGGAGAUGUCGGAGAGCGCAUCCCUGCGGACGCGGAUCCCGCUGGAUCGAGCUCUGGAUGCCGAUGCUGGCCCCAACGCCCGCUGCUCCUACACCCUGUCCCCCAGCGAGCACUUUGCCCUGGAGGUUGUCUCCAGCUCCGAUGGGACAAGGCACGCGGAGCUUGUUGUGGUCAAAGAGGUGGACCGGGAGCUGCACUCUUCCUUCGACCUCGUGCUGACAGCUGCUGAUCAUGGGGAGCCACCAAAAUCAGGUACCGCUUUAAUCAAAGUCAUUGUCCUUGACUCCAACGAUAACAGCCCCGUCUUUGCAGAGAGCUCUUUGACGGUGGAGGUUCGGGAGGAUGCUCUGCCCGGGACCCUCCUUGUGACAGUCACAGCCACCGACCCUGACCAGGGUCCCAAUGGGGAGAUCGAGUACAGCCUGAGCAAGCACGCACCCCCGGAGGUGCUCAGCGCCUUCAGCAUUGAUGCCCGCACUGGCAGCAUCAUCCUGAGGCACCCGCUGGACUAUGAGGAAACCCAGGCCUAUGAACUGGAUGUGCAAGCCCGGGACCUGGGUGCCAACCCCAUCCCAGCCCACUGCAAGGUCCUGGUCAAAGUGCUGGAUGUCAACGACAACGCUCCCGAUGUCCACGUCACCUGGGCUGCUCGGGUGCCCGUGCUCUCUGAAGCCCUCCCCAAGGACAGCUUCGUGGCUCUGGUGACAGCCAGUGACCCCGAUUCGGGGAGCAACGGGCAAGUGCAAUGCUCCCUCAGUCAGGGGUACGAGCACUUCAGGCUGAAGAGGACCAACAGCCACAGCUACGUGCUGAUGACCAACGCCACGCUGGACAGGGAGCUGCGUGCCGAGUACAACCUGACACUGGUGGUGCGAGACCAGGGUGAGCUCUCCUUGGCCGUGCUGAAGCACCUCACUAUCUGCAUCAGCGACGUCAACGACAACGCUCCCUCCUUCGACAAGGCCACCUAUGAGGCUGCUGUUGCUGAGAACAGUGAAGCACCCACCUUGCUGCUCACUGUCCGUGCCACCGACCCUGACCUCGGUUUCAAUGGGAAAAUCACCUACAGCAUCUCGGACUCCUCCGCCUCCAGUCUGGUCUCAGUUGACCCCACCACUGGGGAUGUUUUUGCCCUCCAGGCUUUUGAUUACGAGCAGAUGAGGGGCCUGGAGUUCCUGGUGACCGCAGAGGAUGGUGGUCACCCCAGGCUGGCAUCCAGCACCUCCAUCAGGCUGGCUGUGCUUGACAGGAAUGACAAUGCGCCCAUCAUCACCGCACCAGCGCUGGUGGGAGGCACAGCCACGCUCUCCGUGCUGGUGAGUGCGGACACAGGGUGCCUCUGGGUGGUGCCCGGGAAUGGGAGCACCCAAGGGACUGCAGCGGUGACCAAUGCAACGCUGGUGUCGUGUGCUGGCCCUCCCUUCCUCUUCACCAUCGUGGCCAAGGAUGUGGACUCGGGCACCAACGGGGCUCUCCGGUAUGAGCUGGUGGGGGGGGAAGACGUGGGGCUCUUCAUCCUGGACCCUCUCCUGGGGCAGCUCUUCCUCAACACCAGCAACGCCAGCAGCCUUGCGGGCAGCGAGCGGGAGCUGCUGGUGCGGGUGAGCGACGGGGGGGACGUUCCCCUGCACACCCUGGCCCGGCUCCGCUUGGUUUUCCGGAGUCACGGAGCCUUCUCCAAGAUCUCAGCGCAGGAUCCCGCGUGGUGGAGCCCGCCCGUGGUGGUGGUGACCUGCAUGGCCGCUCUCCUGGGGGGGUGCCUUCUCCUUCUGGCUUUGACCCUGUCUUUGCGUAAGAAGGAGAAGAAGGACGGCAUGGCCUACAACUGCAGGGAGGCGGAGGAUGCCCGCAGGCAGCAGCACCUCAAGAAGCCGCACAGGCAGAUCCAGAAGGCAGACAUCCACCUCGUCCCCCUGCUCCGGGGCCGGCCCCAGGAUGCUGAGCCCCCCCGGCCCUGCCAGGAGGAUCUGCCUGGCACAGGCUCCCCGGAGCAGGGGGCUCCCCUCCACCUCACCCCCACUCUGUACAGGACGCUGAGGAAUCAGAGGGCCCAAAAGGACCUGGAUGAGCAGCAGGAGGGCUUCGACCUGCCCAUCCUGCAGCGCCGGCCCUGCCAGCCCCACCGGCAGAAGAACGCGGUGAAAGAGGAGGCACCUCUGCACAGCAAGAGCUUGGUGAAGCCACUGCAGGGGCCUUUGGGGGAGCCCCCGUUGCCACCCAGCGAGCCCAUGGGUGCUGGAGCCCCUGGGCAGCCCCAGCCCCACCAGCACAUCCUCAGGAGCCUGGUCCGGUUGUCGCUGGUGGCACUGGCAGAGCAGAGCCCCAACGGGGAGUUCGCGAUGGAGUCACCCCCGGUGCAGCAAAUCUCCCAGCUGCUGUCUCUGCUGCACCAGGGCCAGUUCCAGCCCAAAACCAACCACCGCGGAAACAAGUACACGGCCAAGAGCGGCAGCAGGGCGGCGGGGCCGGACGCUGACUGCCUGAGCACCAAGGACAGCGGGCACGGAGAGAGCGAGGCCGAGGCCGAGGACCGCGACUCCGAGAGCGGCUUCGAGCUGUCGGUGCCGCAGCUGGUGGGAGAGGAGCUGGAGACGCUGCUGGAGCCGCAGGCGGAGCUGGCCCUCAAGAGGCUGACGGCUGCUGACCCAGCAUGGGUGGCUCGGCUCUCCUUGCCACUCACCAGCAGUUACAAGGACAACGUCUUCUCCCCAGACUCUCUGCAUUCACCUCAGGAUGAGGAAGCUGCAAGGCAGGAGAAACCAAGGACCUUUGAGACCUUUGGCAAAGGUGCUGGGGCUGACUCAAGUGCUGCUGGGACAAGGCUGGCCAGCACCUUCCUUUCAGAAAUGAGCACCCUCUUUGAAAUGAUUUUGUCCCAGAAGGUCCAAGUCCACAAUGAAACAGGCUCAGGGCUUCUGCGGCAGCUGUCGGCACGUGGGAAGAGCCUUGGACUGGAAGAUGAUGCUCCUGUUCUGUAGGCAGCUUGGUGGCUGUGAUAAGGAGAUAAAGAGUCAGACUUCUUUCUGCAUCUGAGGUGUACAUGUGGGCUUUGACCGUGUCACUGUAUUUCCUGUGUCUACAUUGAUCACAACAGGCAUAUUUCUUCCUUUGCUUCACCCCAUCGAAUUUCUCUACAACUGAUUUCACCUUGUUUAGUUCCCUUCUACCUGCCCAUUCUGGCAUUUCCCGCUUUCCUCCCCUUUCAUCCUCAUCUUACACCUUACUUAACAUCACACUUAAGUCACACAACAGCAAGAAGGCCCUUUCCUCCCAGGGCAGGCUGACUGAGGGGAUGGGCUUGUUAGUUUAACCACAAGCACAACCCAGUCAGCUACAUCCAUGUGAUCACAGACUGUGCACCAUGGACGAUCAAAUAUUGCAGUCCUGGUCUCUGCAGCACACUGCAGAGCUGGGCUCCAGGAUCUCAGUUCUUAUUUAAAUAAAAUUGUUGGUUUUUAAACACUA